UCCCGAAAAAAUCACAUUCAGUAUCCUAAGCCGAACAAUGGUUAACAUGAGCUAUCACCAAUCUCAACUAAAAUAUAUACACAGUCCGAAUCCAAGACAGGCGAGAAAGCGAAAUAAUAAAAGAAAAAGGACUUGUUGUUGGGACAAAUUAUCGCCAACGACCAACUGCCAGACUUGAUCAUAAGAGACUUUCAGAAGUCCUGGUCCAGUGUGUUCCAGCGUGUGGAAGACUAUCGGUGUCGACUGAGUGACGGAGCGAAAGAUGACUGCCGAGUGGCUUCACCUGCCCCCUCCGUACCCCCCAGGUGUGGGACCGCUGUGUGGUGCAGAGUCGUACCCCCCCGGUGUGGGGCCGCUGUGUGGUGCAGAGUCGUACCCCCCCGGUGUGGGGCCGCUGUGUGGUGCAGAGUCGUACCCCCCCGGUGUGGGGCCGCUGUGUGGUGCAGAGUUGGAGGCGUGGUAUGAGGACCUGCAGGAUAUACUGGGAUCAGACGGGGGCGGGGCCAAACUGGCGCGUGCCCCUCCCUGCUCUGAGAAGGAGCCGGAGUUCCUAGAUGUUCUGGAGAGCUGUUCCCUGACAUGGCUGACAGACGGGGUGGGAGUGGGUGUCGGGGGGGAGGCGUGGGACGGAGGUGAGGGGGUCCAGAGGGUCACGAUCCCGGAGGAGCCUCCUACCCAUCCACCCCACCACAUCUCCUCCAACACCUCCCGUCCGAGUCCAGCUGAGGAAAGGGCAGAGAGGCAGGGGGACAGAGAGGGAAGGAGGGAUGGAGAAAGAGGUGGCUCUGGAGGAGGGGACCUGUUGCCCCCAGAGUUCUUUGAGUUGCUGAACGAGGGAGGGGUGGGCAUGGUGGAGACAGGAGGGACAGGAGGGAUCAUGGUGAGCGGUAGCUACCACCAUCAUCAGCUUCAUCAUCACUCCGACAAUCUCCAACAACCUGAGUCUCCCUCCGCCAGCGAGGAGGAAAACACCUGCGUCCCAGACUCUCCCUCCUGCUCUUCCUCCGCCUCUCCGUCCACCUCUCUCAACUGCUCUCCUCCUUCCUCUCCUACUAGCACCUCGUUCUCCUCGUCUCGGCAGGACAAACGCAAGAGGGGCAACUCUCUGUCCUUCCCUUCCUCCGGCUCACACUCAUCCUCCUCUUCCUCUUCUGUGAAGAAGAGCAGGAGAGAGAGGGAUCAGGAGAACGAGAGGAAGGUGCAGGAGCUGACAGAUCAGAACGAGAGGUUGAAAGCAGAGAUAGACAGACUGGGAGAGGAGGUGCAGAGGACACGCCGAGCCCUGAUAGAGAGACUAGUUAACACCAGGAAGUGAGGGAGGAAGGAAGACAGAAAAUGAGCAUUUGGAAUAGCAAGUUGGCGGUGAAGAGUUUAACACGGUGGUGACUUUGAAAUGCAUUUUAAGACAGCGUUAAAGAGAGAAACCAAAAGAUAUGUUUUAAGAAGAAAGUUAAAUUAUAAUUUUCUGAAAAACUGUAUGAGAAAGUAAGAAGAAGAAGAUAGAUAUAAAGAAAGAGCGAGCGAUGGAAGAGCAAGUCAAAGGAAAACCACGGAGAGGAAGAACUGUGGCAGACGUAGUGACAGAUGGACAUACAUAAGUAACGGAGGAAAAGGUUCAGAAGGUGGAUGGGUCAUGUUCUCUGUUGAGAGGUUACAGUGUACUGUAUCUACAUGUAGGGCCGGGUGUCAGGAAGAAUCUUUCAAAUAGAUGGGUUAACUAACGUAGAAUGAUUGGGUCGUUUAGAUUAUUCAGUCAUGUGUAGAGUUCAGUAUGAAGUACGGAUGGGUUAGAUUCAAUUAACCCGAUUGGGGCCUUUGAUUCCAAAAUGAAGGAAUUGAUUCGGAAGCAUCUACCUAUGAAGAUUGUGAACCAACACCUAUCCCAAGCGUUGCAUGGGUCACGUUCAUUAAGCAUCAAAUGGAAAGAAACAAAGUUGGACUACAUGGACAAAAAAACAACAUAUGUUUAGUUCUGUUGCAAAACAUUUUAAAACGUUUUCUGUUGCGUGCCCUAAUGAAUGCGGUUCUGAUUGGGCGUUUUGCUCGUUAAGCCUAGUGAAGUGAUUUGAUCAAAAUUACGGCUAAUUGAAAAAACAAUUCAAGUGAUUUUUUUCCAUUGCUAGGAGUUAUUGAUUGGGGGUUUGGUAGGAAUUUUUAUUGAUCGGACUCAGAAACCAUCAACAAGUGAUUCUGACAAACUUGUGUUGGUCUCAUUCCUAGUAUGACGGUAGUGAGGACUAAAACAAGGAGAGUGCAUUUCAUUGUCACGGCAUCCUUUAAACUUGACAAUGCGAAGCCUACCUUUGUUUCACUGGGAAGCAACCAUGAAACGUAGCUAAAAUUGUUUGAAUACCAGGCUAUCCCUUAUCCGCCAACCUCAAAUCUAAGAUUAAUCCUAAAGACUGCAGAGGCCAUCAGAGAUAAUAUUUCUUGUCCAGUUUGUGGAGUAAUAUAGAGCUCAGGAAAGUUUGUCAGUCAGUAACUCAGUACUUAUAUAAGCCGCUACGGCUUUACUGUGCGUGAAUAGUUUUACACCGAGAACGUGGAUAGUUUUACACCGAGAACGAGGAUAGUUUUACACCGAGAACGUGGAUAGUUUUACACCGAGAACGUGGAUAGUUUUACACCGAGAACGUGGAUAGUUUUACACCGAGAACGUGGAUAGUUUUACACCGAGAACGUGGAUAGUUUUACACCGAGAACGUGGAUAGUUUUACACCUAGAACGUGGAUAGUUUUACACCUAGAACGUGGAUAGUUUUACACCGAGAACGUGGAUAGUUUUACACCUAGAACGUGGAUAGUUUUACAGCGAGAACGUGGAUAGUUUUACAGCGAGAACGUGGAUAGUUUUACACCUAGAACGUGGAUAGUUUUACACCUAGAACGUGGAUAGUUUUACACCUAGAACGUGGAUAGUUUUACACCUAGAACGUGGAUAGUUUUACACCUAGAACGUGGAUAGUUUUACACCUAGAACGUGGAUAGUUUUACACCUAGAACGUGGAUAGUUUUACACCUAGAACGUGGAUAGUUUUACACCGAGAAAGCUAAUCUUUUUCUAUCAAAUUGACUGAAUUUAGUGGUAGUAAUAUUUACAAUGUAGAGCUCUACCCUGAUUCACAUAUAUAUAUAUUUUAUAUACUCCUGUAUUAUACCGACACAGUUCUACUGAAAUAAAACCUUUACUGUACCCAUAUUGAUUCACGAUUUUACUGUAAACGAUGUAUCGGUUAGCGGUUGAAUUAGAGGAACACUAAAGUGCUUGUCUUUUAUUUUUGUUAAAUUACAAGGAAACAUUGUAUUUACUUCGCUAUUGUAUGUUUAGAGUUGCAAAUAAAAUCCUUUAAAACCA